GCGAGCUCGGCCUGCGCUCGGACCCCUCGGCAGCUGCAGGUGCCAGCCCGCCCCGCCCCGCGCUCGCGGCCGCUGGAACGCCCAGGCAGAUAUCUAGCUAAGGUUUCCGGUCCUCUUUUGAGUGAAGAUGAAUGUUUCUGCUGGGAUAAUGUAACUGGAGGAUCCGGGUCUGGGCAGACUUGACCAUGGGAGCCAACACUUCAAGCAAACCACCGGUGUUUGAUGAAAAUGACGAUGUCAACUUUGACCACUUUGAAAUUUUAAGAGCCAUUGGAAAAGGCAGUUUUGGGAAGGUCUGCAUCGUACAGAAGAAUGAUACCAAGAAGAUGUAUGCGAUGAAGUACAUGAACAAACAAAAGUGUGUGGAGCGCAAUGAAGUGAGGAAUGUCUUCAAGGAGCUCCAGAUCAUGCAGGGGCUAGAGCAUCCUUUCCUGGUUAAUUUGUGGUACUCCUUCCAAGAUGAGGAAGACAUGUUCAUGGUGGUGGACCUCCUGCUGGGCGGGGACCUGCGUUAUCACCUGCAGCAGAAUGUCCGCUUCCAGGAAGACACUGUGAAGCUCUUCAUCUGUGAGCUGGCCAUGGCCUUGGACUACCUGCGGAGCCAGCGCAUCAUUCACAGGGAUAUGAAGCCUGACAAUAUUUUGCUUGAUGAACAUGGGCACGUGCACAUCACAGACUUCAACAUUGCUACGAUGCUACCUGUGGAGAUGUGCAUCGCCACCGUGGCAGGCACCAAGCCUUACAUGGCACCUGAGAUGUUCAACUCCAGAAGAGAAGCAGGUUAUUCCUUUGCUGUUGACUGGUGGUCACUGGGAGUGACAGCAUAUGAGCUGUUGAGAGGCCGGAGACCGUAUCAUAUUCGCUCCAGUACUUCCAGCAAGGAAAUUGCACACAUGUUUGAGACGGCGCUUGUGACUUACCCUUCUGCCUGGUCACAGGAAAUGGUGUCACUUCUUAAAAAGCUACUGGAACCGAAUCCAGACCAACGUUUUUCCCAUUUGUCCGAUAUUCAAAACUUCCCAUAUAUGAAUGAUAUGAACUGGGACGCAGUUUUGCAGAAGAGGCUCAUUCCAGGAUUUAUUCCUAACAAAGGCAGGCUGAAUUGCGACCCCACCUUUGAGCUCGAAGAAAUGAUUUUGGAGUCCAAGCCUCUUCACAAGAAAAAGAAGCGCCUGGCCAAGAAGGAGAAGAUGAGGAAAUGUGAUUCCUCUCAGAUGUGCCUUCUUCAAGAGCACCUUGAAUCUGUCCAAAAGGAGUUCAUAAUUUUCAACAGAGAGAAAGUCAAAAAGGACUUUAAUAAAAGACAAGCCAAUCAAGCCUUGGAACAAACCAAAGACCCACAAGAAGAGGAUGGCCAGAAUAACAACCUCUGAAGUUCUCAACAUCUUCUUCUUGGGACAUUUCCACGUCAG